AUGCCUAGCCUAAAAACCGAGACCUUGAAAAAGUGGACCUCUGAGGUUCUUUCCAAUCCUACCUUAUCGCUUGCCGCUACUGUGGCAGUCAACGCAGACGUCCAGGAGACCCUGCUUCGCCGCGAGAGCCGUAUCGCCAACACUACAGAUGUCUUCAGCCAUGUUGUUGAGCCAUUGGGUGCUCCUAUUACCAACCAGAAGUCAUCUGGUCGCUGCUGGCUCUUUGCUGCCACCAAUGUGCUCCGUAUUGAGCUUAUGAAGAAGUACAACAUUGAGAAGUUGCAGCUGUCGCCUUCCUUCCUGUUCUUCUACGACAAGCUGGAGAAGUCUAACUUUUUCCUGGAGAAUAUUGUCAAGACUGCUGAUGAGGAUGUUGAUUCCCGCAUUGUCCAGCAUCUGUUGACUGAUCCCAUCUCCGACGGUGGUCAGUUCGGUAUGAUCCAGAACAUUUUGGAAAAAUACGGCUUGGUUCCCAACGACAUUUUCCCCGAUACUUUCAAUACAACCCAGUCCAACCGUGUUAACGAGCUGGUUGUGACUUUGCUCCACCAGUACGCUCAGGAGCUGCGGGAGGCCAAGAAGGCUGGAAAGGACACUGCUGCUCUCAAGGAAGAGCAAAUGCAGCGCGUCCACCAGCUCUUGACCAUUUUCUUGGGUACUCCUCUAGGUCCCAAUGACGAGUUUGACUGGGAGUUCACCGAUAAGGAUAAGAAGUUCCACCGCAUCAAGACGACUCCACUCAAGUUCUACAAAGAUGUCAUUGGUUUUGAUGCUACCCAAACUGUCUCUUUGCUCAAUGAUCCUCGUAAUGACUAUGAGCGUGUCAUCCACAUUGACCGUCUGGGCAAUGUUGUGGGCGCUCCUGAAGUCCACUACCUCAACGUUGACAUUGAUGUUUUGGCAAACAAGGCUAUUGAGCAGAUCAAGGAGAACAAGGCCGUUUUCUUCGGUACUCACACUCCUAUUUAUCACCACAAUCCUACCGGUAUUAUCGACACCAAGCUCUGGGACUACAAAUCUAUUGGCUUUGACCCCAAGCAGUCCAAGGCCGAUCGUCUGCGUUACCACGAGAGCUUGAUGACCCAUGCCAUGGCCUUUGUUGGUGUUCAUCUCGACGAGGACGGAAAGCCCGUUCGUUGGAAGGUUGAGAACUCCUGGGGUGAGGAACGCGGUAGCAAAGGCUACUACACCUUGACUCAUGACUUCUUCAAGGAGUUUGUUUACCAGGUUGUUGUCGACAAGAAGCAGAUUCCUGAGUAUGCUGAUGCUCUCAAGACUGAACCCAUCACACUGCCUCCUUGGGAUCCUUGCGGAGCUCUUGCUAUGUAA